AUGGUUCCGCGCCGUAUUUUCCCCUUAGCGUUCCCGAACCCUAGCCAUAUUUCUUUCCCUCUCCUCAUACCGCCUCCGUUGCUCUUUGUGAGGGUUGUCGCCCUUUCAGUCACCCUCCUCUACUGUGCCAUCGCGUCUGUGGUUUUUGUUUCCUCGACCUCCCGCCGAGGCGAUUUCAUCCAUGCUUAUCCUGUCAUCCCGAAGCAGCAGCUGGCGGCUUCCGUUCCACCUCCGAGUUUAUAUCCCCCGCCGGAGCUGCAGUAUGAACCUACGAGCUCUGCUCUUGCUGUUCUGCGGGAUGCGACAGAAAGCCAGGAAAUGAGGUUGGAGAGGGUCCUGAAAGCGGCUGCUACCGCGGACAAUGCGGUGAUAAUAACCUCCUUGAAUGUGUUCUGGUCCACGCCCGGAUCUGUACUGGACGUGUUCCUGGAGAGCUUCCGCAUCGGGAACGGGACAAGAGAGCUACUGAACCACCUGGUCAUCGUCGCCGUGGACGACAAGGCAUACGAGCGGUGCGUCGUCGUGCACCGACACUGCUUAGACUUCAAGGUCGAGGGGGUAGACUUCUCCGCUGAGAAGGUGUUCAACUCGCCCAAAUACUUAGACAUGAUGUGGGCGCGGCUCGAUUUCCUGCGCCUGGUGCUGGAGAAAGGCUUCGACUUCGUCUUCUCGGCCUUUUAUGAAAGCGAAUGGAUAUUUAUGGAUCUAUUCUCCUGCACAUGCGAUGCGACUAGUUAA